UACAAACUUCAUGAUUUUUCCUACACUAGUGUUUUGUUAGCCAGAGAGUAAAAAGUAACUAAAGACUAAAGGCAUGUUAAUAGUUGUUUUAAAAAAAAGUUCGCGUAUGUUCAAAUUAAGCCGAUAAGUUCGAUGGUUUUUUAAUUAAUAUUUAUUGUUGUUUGUCAAUAAACUUAUUAUAUUGUGGGAUUUGACUUUAUCUUUAUUUGUAUAAAAAUAGUGAAAUGAAAACAUCACAGUUAUUUUUAUUGUUUUUAAGCGCUACGUCUGUGAACUCUCAAGAAAAACAAAUACACAAACAGCCACCACAUAUUGUGAUUAUUUUAGCUGAUGAUGUGGGUUGGAACGAUUUUGGGUUACACGGAUCUAGCCAAAUACCUACCCCAAAUAUAGAUGCUUUAGGAUACAAUGGGGUUAUCUUGGAUAAAUUUUAUACGCAACAGACAUGUACACCCUCGAGAGCUGCAUUAUUAACAGGAAAAUACCCUAUAAGAAUGGGUCUUCAAGGAAUUCCUCUCGACGCAGGAGAAAACCGUUCAUUGCCAUUAAAUAUCCGUACGAUGCCCGAACGACUUAAAGAACUAGGAUAUAGUACCCAUUUAGUUGGAAAAUGGCAUCUAGGAGCUGCUUGUGAAGAGGUCACACCAACUCGAAGAGGCUUCGAUACUCAUUUUGGAUAUUGGAGCGGUUUUGUCGGAUAUUUUAACCAUGAACUUAGCGUACCUAAUCCUCUCAAUAAAAGUGAAAAUUUCACGGGCUUAGAUUUUCGUGACAAUUUCACGCCUCAGUGGUCCUUAGAAGGAAAAUAUGUUACAGAAUUAUUUUCUAAAAAAGCUAUAGAUAUAAUUCACAAGCAUAACACCUCAAAACCUUUAUUUUUAAUGUUAGCCCACCUUGCGGGUCAUACUGGGUCCAAUGGAACAGAAUUAGGUGUACCAAAUAAAGCCAAAGCUGAAGAGAAAUACAAAUUUAUUCAACAAAAUGAAAGGCGAUCAUAUGCAGAUUUGGUGAAUAUCAUGGAUACAUCUGUAGGAGAUAUUGUACAGAAACUAUCAGAAAGACAGAUGCUGGAAAAUUCAGUUAUAUUAUUCUUUUCUGACAAUGGUGCACAAACUGAAGGGCUUUACCAAAAUUUUGGAUCGUCAUGGCCUUUUAGAGGUCUAAAAUUUACCCUAUUCGAAGGAGGUGUUCGUGGUACAGGAGUAAUAUACAGUCCACUAUUCAAGCUAAAAAGUUUCGUAAGUGACCAAUUAGUUCACAUUACUGAUUUUUUACCAACAUUUUACCAUGCUGCGGGAGGUGAUAUCAGAAAUUUAGGAAAAAUCGACGGAUUUAAUCAAUGGGAAGUAAUUUCCAAAAACAAAACAACUAAACGAACUGACCUUCUGAUAAAUAUUGACGAUGUUAAUCACUAUUCUGGUAUUUUGGGUUAUAAUGGCCGCUAUAAACUGUUAAAUGGUUCAUUUAGCGACGGAAUUUACAAUGACUAUUACGGAGAUAGUGGACGCAAUAGCGGAGAUCCCCCAUACGACUUAAAAUUAGUGCUUAAUAGUCCCACCAAUUUGGCUAUUCAGAAAAUACAGCGUGACACAUACCUUGACUCCGAAAAAAUUCAAGCACUACGGAAACAAGUCGACAUUGCGGCUUGCAGAUCUGGAUCUGAACUAUUUAAAUGCAACAGUAUGUGUCUUUUUGACCUUUACAACGACCCCUGUGAAACCAGAAAUUUAAUAAAAGACGAAAAUGUGAAAGACGUUGUAAAGGCGUUAAAAGGAAAAUAUUUUGAUUAUCUCAAGGAAGUUGUACCACAAGCUAAAAAGCAGAUAGAACCUAAGUCAAAUCCGAGGAACUUUAAUAAUACUUGGUCACCGUGGAUAUCCUGUAUCGCAUCUAAGAAGCGGAGCAGAUUUAUAGAUGAGAUUAGAAAAUGAUAUUCGGUAUUUUCCUCUAAAUUAGUAUUAAACUUUUUCAAUUUGUAAGGUAUAAUGUUAGUCAUAUAUUCAAGGGCGGAUCCAGGGAGGGGGCCAUGGCCCCCUCCGAGAAUUUAAAAAGGUAUAAAUUUAAAUAUUUGCAGUUUAAA